GACCCCGAUGAGCCGAAAUACUGCUACUGUAAUAGAGGAAGCUAUGGCGAAAUGGUGGCCUGUGAUAACGAUAAUUGUCCGCGAGAAUGGUUCCAUUUGGGAUGCACAGAGCUUAAAGAAGCACCCGAAGAAGCAGAUAAAUGGUACUGUCGCGAUUGCAGA